GAUGCAGAGACAGGGGGAGUGUUGCCAUGAACUGACUGGAAACUCUGUGUGUAGCGUGAGUGCAAGAUACUUGGGAACGCGGAGAGCAUGCACCCUGGCUUCUGCCUUCUGCUAACAGCGGUCUGUCUGUUUCUGAACCGAAGUGACUGAUGAUAAACAGUAGUCAAGUCUGGAGGGUGAUUCCCUUGCAGUUCACUUGCCUUGCAGUUCUGGGGAAACUAGAAGAUUUGUGCUCUCUCUCUGCUUCCUAGAAUGGGCUGCAAUUUGUGCACUUUUCAGAAGAGAGAGGAACACUACAAACUGCUGUACGAAGUUUCCCAGGUCAAUGGCAAGGAUCUGUCAAAGGCCACCCAUGAGGAGGCAGUGGAAGCCUUUCGAACUGCCAAGGAGCCCAUUGUGGUGCAGGUGUUAAGGCGGACUCCCCUCAGCAGACCGAUGUAUGGCAUGGUCCCAGAAGUCCAGCUCAUGAACGCCAGUACACAGACGGACAUCACGUUUGAACACAUCAUGGCCUUAGCCAAGCUGCGACCCCUCACCCCUCCAGUGCCAGACACCUGUCCAUUCCUGCUUUCAGACAGCUGCCAUUCUCUUCAUGCAAUGGGGCAUGGAUUUUAUGAAGAUAAUGAGUGUGUUUCCAGCCUGCCCGCUGAUGCAGACAGAGCAGAAGACUUCGAAUAUGAGGAGGUUGAGCUGUGUCGUGUUAGCAGCCAAGAAAAGCUGGGCCUGACAGUCUGCUACCGAACUGAUGAUGAGGAAGACAUGGGCAUUUAUGUCGGCGAGGUUGACCCAAAUAGCAUUGCUGCCAAGGAUGGCCGGAUUCGAGAAGGGGAUCGUAUUUUACAAAUAAAUGGGGAAGACAUCCAGAACCGGGAAGAAGCCGUGGCUCUGCUGUCUAGUGAGGAGUGUAAGAGCGUUGUGCUACUCAUCGCCAGGCCCGACAUGCAGCUGGAUGAAGGCUGGCUGGAAGAUGAAAGGAAUGAAUUCUUGGAGGAGUUAAACUCAGAGAUGCUGGAGGAAGAACAUAAUGAAGGAGUCCAGCACACAGCCAGUGAGCUGCAGCAGACAAAGAAGCAGGAAGAAGAGGAGGGCACAACAGACACAGCAACAUCCUCUUCCAACAACCAGGAGAAGGAUAGCGGAGUGGGACGCACAGACGAGAGUUUGCGGAAUGAUGAGAGCUCAGAGCAGGAGAAUGCUGUUGAGGACCCUCACAGCACAUCUCUGAAAAGCAAGAGAGAGCUGGGGCAGAGCCAAGACACCCUAGGAAGCCUUGAGCUUCAGUGCAAUGAGAGUUUAGCUGGUGGAGAGUGCUUGGACUCUGACUGUGUCAGUAACCAUGAGGUGUGUGAAGGAUUCCAGCAGUUAUUGGAGCUGAAGAUUCGAAACCAUGGAGACUAUGACCUGUACUACUCAAGUAGCACAAUUGAAUGCAACCAAGGAGAGCAGGAUGGGGUGGAGCAUGAGCUACAGAUGCUUAAUGAAGAACUAAGAAACAUUGAGUUGGAGUGCCAGAAUAUCAUGCAGGCUCACAGGCUCCAGAGAGUGACAGACCAAUAUGGAGACAUCUGGGCACUGCAUGAUGGAGGAUUCCGAAAUUAUAACACCAGCCUGGAUACACAAAGGGGGAAACUGGACGAUAUCAUGGAACAUCCCGAAAAGUCAGACAAGGACAGCUCAAGCGCAUACAAUACAGCCGAGAGCUGCAGAAGCACUCCACUAACUAUAGACCGGUCUCCUGACAGUUCCCUUCCAAGGAUGAUCAACCUUGCCAAUAAGAAAAACCUGAGACGCACAAUGACAACCCAUCAGUCCCCUUCCAGACCUAGCACCAAGGAAUACACAUCUACCAAUGUCAAAGCCACCAACGAGGGAUGCAGCAUUGAAACCCUGGAGAAGAGUCUCGAAAACCACCAGGUUCUGGAGCAGGAGAACACAGGCAAUGAAUGCACUCCAUACCUCUCUCCCUACCACAGCUCUGCCUACAGAUAUGCCAACAUCCCAGCACAUGCUCGGCAUUAUCAAAGCUACAUGCAGUUAAUUCAACAGAAAUCUGCCGUAGAGUAUGCCCAGAGUCAGCUCAGCUUGGUGAGCAUGUGCAAGGAAUCGCAAAAGGGCUCCGAGCCCAAGAUGGAAUGGAAGGUAAAAAUUAGGAGUGAUGGGACCCGGUACAUAACCAAGAGACCAGUGCGAGACCGAAUUCUGAAGGAACGUGCCUUAAAGAUCAAGGAGGAGCGGAGUGGCAUGACCACAGAUGAUGACACCAUGAGCGAGAUGAAGAUGGGGCGCUACUGGAGCAAAGAGGAGAGAAAGCAACACCUGGUCCGGGCCAAGGAGCAACGAAGGCGCAGGGAGUUCAUGAUGAGGAGCCGGCUGGAGUGUUUGAAGGAAAGCCCACAGAGCAGUGGCGAAGGCAAGAAGGAGCUGAGCAUCAUUGAACUGAGCCACAAAAAGAUGAUGAAAAAGAGAAACAAGAAAAUUUUGGAUAACUGGAUGACAAUCCAAGAACUGAUGACCCAUGGAGCCAAAUCGCCAGAUGGCACGAGAGUCCAUAAUGCUUUCCUGUCGGUGACCACCGUAUGACCAGGAGAAUGGGACAAGUGGCCUCGGGAGCAUGCUACCAGUUUCGGUAGAGUAUGAUUGCCUCGUUCAAUGUGGCAUUUUUAUAUAUAUUUUGUGACUUUACAGUUCAAAUUUUUUGUAAGCAAAAAGACCUGGUACUUUUUAAUUUGUUUUUCAUAUGCUGGUACCUUCUUUGGCUAAUUAUCUUUCCUUAACUUGUGAUAUAUUCAUAGCACACAUUUAUAGAAAAACACA